CAACCACACUCUUAAGGAAAAAUAUGCAUACGGAGAAGAACAAACGCUGAGGGAAGACAAACAGUCCCCUUCCAACCCAACUUUUCUAUUGGAAACUGUAUAUGCUGCACCAAUAGAUCAAGGGUCUACCGGCAUGACCAAGAAGACAGAGGGUGGUAAAAACCAUUUAGAAAGGGAGUUUUACUCAGUAUCAGAAACGAGAACAAGUCAAGGGUACGACUCUGAGAAGGAAGGGAAAGGAGACGGGAAGAAGAAAGUGAGAGCUAAUAGAAAGAAGUUCAGAGCCGAGAAAAGAGUAGCAAUAAUGGGAGCUUUGCUGGUUCUGACCACCAUGCUAUGCUGGACCCCAUACGCCCUGCACCACUCCAAGUACCUGGGCCUACCAGAGGGUCAUUGGUUUGGUGUAUUCACCAUGUGGCUGGGAUACUGUAACGCACUUCUCGAUCCACUGAUCUACUCAUUCAUGAAUUAUCGCGUCAGAAAAGAGAUCAAGAGUUUCUUUCGAUCAGCUUGCGCUGUUUGCCACCGCAGAAGUAAUUUGCACGAUAAACAUUCCAACUAGAGAGAGUUCAGGGUUUCCCCACAUAGUCUUGCUUCGACAUUUUGUUUAAAUAUUAGUACGGAAGUUCAGCUGAGAAAUGGUGUAAUAUAUUACACUAGCAUGUUGGGGGGGGGGGACACUUUAGUGCAGAAGCCCCCUCCUCAAGGCUCAAGCCCCCGCCCCCCCCCCAAGAGAGAGAAAAGAUGAAUGCUACUAAUAGAGACCGACAAUUUCAGGACAUGAAACGGUAGAUAGUUCGUGGCUCGACAGUCUUGACUGCAUUCAUCUUUCUUGUAGAGUUUUCAUAAACAAAUUCCGAUACCUUUCCCAAAUGAGGCUAAUUAUCGGUGUGUGAAUGACUCGCCUACAGAGGGCGCUUAGGCUUUCAUGAUCACAUCAAGAACUAAGUAAUAAGCCAGUUUACGGUUGCAGUCUGAGCAUGAGAAUGAGCAGAUAAAGGUCAUUUGUACC